AUCUUGCGUUUUAAUAUAGAUGAAGCCAGGCGAUCACGGUAGACGUAGAUUUUCGACGUCCCAGUGUUCUCACAAUCUUGAAUGAUGGAUGCUAGAACAAAAUUCUGUUUGAUUAUUCUAAUCACAUCAUAUAUCCAGAAUGCCAGAUGUAUACUCUAUUUGGAAUACAGUGGUAGCACCAGAGCCGAGGUUAGCAUUGGCACCCUCGCAGCGUUUGAAUGUUCCUCGUCACGGCAAAUCUCUGAAGGCAAUUUGCGAACCGGUCGGAUUGAAUGGGGCAGAAACACGAGAUACUCGGUAUCUACUCAAGUCAUUGCACGGUGGACAAAUGAGCAUGGAAUUGAGAUCUUAGUCGAUAACUCCGAUGAACGAUACAAUAUUGAAGGUGGAAUCCGAUCAAACGGACGUUUCAGACAGGAUCUGACUAUUCGAAAAGUUCAACGGAUUGACCAGACUGAUAGUACUGGGUAUUAUUGUGCUUUAUUCGAUUCUUCAGAGAAUAUGUUGUUUAAAUCUGGAUUCGCUCCAUUGACUGUCAAAUAUCCUCCUGCAGAACAUUAUCCUCUUUGUACCGCGACACCAAAUGACAUCACCAGAGAAGUAAUGCUUGUGUGUAUAUCCGAGAAAACUACUCCAGAUGUAACUGUACAAUGGUAUAAAGACGGUGAGAAGGUGUCGGAUGCUCAUCCAAGUGGUUACACAAUGAAAUCGACCUAUGAGGCCCGUGAAGAUGAAUUACACGGCGAAUUCGAAUGCCGACUAUAUUACGAAGACGGAGCUGAUGUUGAGGUUCGUCGAUCCUGUACAUUCAGUAAACCUCGAGUGGCUAUUUUAAGGAUGGGAGGGGAAACUCCAAAUGAAGAAAGUACAUAUCAUGCAUUUGCUGUAUCUAACCCCCCUCUCACAUCCGACAUCAAUUGCACACUGGAAGCAUCUUCAGACACUUCUCAACGUUUCGAUAAAGAGUUUCCUGGAUAUGGGGUGGCAGCCGUUGGACCUGUAGCUCCAACUGAUAAUGGUAGCACACUGAUGUGUCAGGCCAAAAAUGUCUUCGGAACUGAGGAUGCCAGGAUGAGAGUAUACAGUCCAAGCGAUAACCAGGAUGGAGAAACUACUAUCCCGUCCGUUGUGACCAGUUAUAUGCAAGGCGGUCAAGUUCUCCAAGUCGCAAUUUGGCCCAAAGUGCUAGAAAUAAUUCCUGGAGAGAACGCGACGUUUAUGUGUAGCUACAGCCUUACCAUCCACUCGCGUGUUACGGCACAAGUAGAUAUCAAAUGGGAACAUGACGGCACAAUUACUACUGAGACAGAAGAGAAUGUCCUUUUCAUCACCAAUGCAGAGUAUGAUUUCAAAGAGACAUUGGUAAAAUGCGUUGCUUCUGUUAUUACCGAUGACCCAAUGAUCAAUACAGUUCCUGAACGUAGUUCUGCAACAGUUCGAAUCGGCAAAACGAGUCCUUGUGACCCAAAACUAUUAUCCUCGCACUCGACCCAAGGACAGUCCCAGACCAACAUGAAACCUUAUUAUAUCGCCGGCAUAAUCGUUUUGGCCGGAUUGGUUUUCAUAUUGAUUAUCGCUCUAAUGUUUGUAAUGGUGAGAAAACAGAAACAUCAGAAGAAAUCUCGCUCUGACUCUAAACAAUCUUCUAGCUCUCAAGUUACCUACCGUGCUGAUUCUGCCUCUGCAGGAGAAAGACCUGACAACAGAAUCGUCCGUCAAGCAUCCAUCCAGCGAGCAUUACCGGCCGAACCAAAUGAACCCGCAUCAACCACUACACUCCGAUCCGUUGUGACAUCACCUUCUCCAGCCACUUUGAUAAUCAAUGAUCCUGACAGACACAUGCUGGAAUCCAUCUCCAGUUGCAACACCUUUAAUACAACCACUACCGAUCUUCCAUACCAGGAGAUGGUUGGCGAUACUGGCAUCAGCAAGAGCCGCCACGGAAGUGUCUCGAGCAACGUCAAUUUCCAACGCCACGUCCCUCUUGUCCGCAGUCUCUCCAUUCCUGCAUCGAUGAUCCCUGUUCCAAAUGGAGGAUUCUUGCCUCCAACUGCUGGUGACCGUCCUGGUAUCCAACGUACGGUGAGCGAAGGUGCUGAUGACGACCCUUACGAAGAUCCCGAUGCUAUUCGAGAGCGUCGUCGGACGAACCGAGCUCCUAGCAACGAUUACCAGUCGACAAACAGUGGCUUAACAAUAAUGUCUAUGGCAAUUCAGAAGAAGCAACAAGCGUCCCAGUAUGCCAACUCAUCGCUUACGGAUGAUUCUGUUUUCCUUGUUUGAGAGGAUGACGACUUCAGCAUCCAUCCUUUUUU